GUCUGUAGAAACGAGUUAUAUGAUUCUUAUGUUACCGCUAUGAGAUGAGAUUAGGUUGUCGAUCUGCUUGCUCCGCAAAAUUUCUCCCAACAAGCCACCGUCUGAGACGAGAUAUAUCUAUCCUUCUCCCUCUUAUCCAACGUUUGAACACGGCGAACCCUCUAACGUAUAUCGGCGCCCUAACGGCCGCCACGGCCUACGAUCAGGCCGCCGGCGCCAAAUUCCAGCGCAACGAUGCCUGAGCAGCUGUUGGAUGCUAUAUCCCUGGCUGCGCGGGCCGGGGGUUUGGCAGGCGAUGUCAGGAGUCGACCACCCGUUUUCAAAGCCGUUGGCAUCUCCUUGGCCGUGGCAUCGGGCCUAUUUAUUGGCGUCUCAUUCGUCCUGAAAAAGGUCGGCUUACUCAGGGCAAAUGUCAAAUACAAUGAGGAGGCCGGGGAGGGUUAUGGAUAUCUCAAGAAUUUUUACUGGUGGGCUGGCAUGACGCUGAUGAUACUGGGAGAAAUAUGCAAUUUUGUGGCGUAUGCAUUCGUGGAUGCCAUUUUGGUGACACCAUUGGGUGCAUUGUCUGUGGUGGUGACGACGAUUCUAUCAGCUAUCUUUCUCAAGGAGCGGUUAAGCUUUGUGGGAAAAGUCGGCUGUUUCAACUGUAUCAUCGGAUCGGUGGUGAUUGCAAUGAAUGCACCACAGCAGUCGUCGGUUUCAAACAUCCAGGAUAUGAAACGCUACGUUAUUCGGCCCGUAUUUCUUACCUAUGCCGGAGUCAUCAUCGUUGGCUGUACUGUCGUGGCGAUUUGGGCUGGUCCCCGCUACGGGAAAAGAAGCAUGUUCGUGUAUCUGUCUAUUUGCAGUCUAAUUGGUGCAUUGAGUGUUGUUGCUACUCAGGGUUUGGGUGCAGCCAUUAUUGCCCAGAUAUCUGGACAGCAGCAAUUUAAGGAGUGGUUCCUUUACGUUCUGUUAGGUUUUGUGAUAAUAACCCUAUUGACCGAGAUCAUCUAUUUAAAUAAAGCUUUGAAUGUUUUUAAUGCCGCACUGGUUACUCCGACUUACUAUGUUAUAUUUACCAGCGCCACAAUUAUUACAUCCGCCGUUCUAUUCCAAGGUUUCAAAGGCUCUCCGAUAAGUAUAACCACUGUCGUCAUGGGCUUUCUCCAAAUAUGUACGGGAGUCGUGUUGCUGCAGCUGUCAAAAUCUGCCAAAGAUGUGCCAGAUGCCGCCAUAUUCAAGGGCGACUUGGAUCAAGUUCGAGAAGUUGCUGAGCAGGAGCAACCCGAGUCAGAGCCGAAAGCAGAUGCUAUUCGAGGUACUGCUGCGAUUAUCCGCCGCAUAUCAACACCGAGACAGAAGAUGGAAAGGGAUGAAGCACUGCGAUAUCAAAGCGAACGGAAGCUCGAUGAGUCAUGGUCACCUGGAGAAAAUGAAAUAAUUGAAUGGGAUGGCCUCAGAAGAAGAAGAACCGUUCUCAGCGCCGGACCAACUGCCACACCGCGGCGGACAAAAACGCCUCGUCCACCUCUGGGGAUGUCGCGAUUUCCAGAAGACGACGAAGAUUCAGAGCCCAAAUCAAGAACUGGGAGGUCGUUUCUGGACAGUUUUCGGAGCCGCACAUCAAGCGGUCGCUCUUCGAGGAAGCCGAGCGAGGAUUCGCAAAGCACCGAAACUCGAAUGUGCUCUAUCGAAUUAGAAUCGAUUCACGACCGUUCCCGGAAGAACGUCGAUGGUCAGCAUAGAUACACCGAAGUCAAAAAUUACCCUGCCACUACUCUUUUAGAACCAUUCCAGUACGAGAGUCAAAAGCGAAUGCGAAGCGGCACUGUAGGAUCUGUCAGGUUUGCGGAUGACGUGAAGACCAUCGAUGAUAGCCCUCAGAGACAAAGGAGCAGAUCGCCACCCACCCCGCCAGCACAUCGCCAAUUCUCUUUCCAGAGACUUUUCCACCGCGAAGGGUCUUCCGCUCGUGCUGAUAUCUCCAGCGAAAUGUCUCCUAGCCGAGACAACAGAUUUCUUGGGUUUUCGAAUUUCAGGGCCCACCGUCAGCCUCCACAGCAGCGACGAGUUACAAAAAACGCAACCGAAGAAGAAGUACUUGGACUUGUCAGAGAUGGGGCCAUGGACACGGAGAUCCCUCAUGAUCGGAGUCGUACCCCAUCGCCAACACCAUCCAUCCUUGAAUCAAUGAAUGAGAAGCCGUUUGGUGAAAGUAGUAUGUCCUAUCCUAGCCGAUCGCGCCGCUCCUCGUCUACGUCGUCGUCGUCAUCUUCAGAAUAUCACCGUUCAUCCGACCGUAUUCCAUCAUAUGCUAAAGGAGACGAUCAUCUGUAUAAUGUCGUGCGUACCUCCGCACCCGAUCCUUUCUCAGCUACAGACCAAGAUAACCCCGCCGGAAUAUCUGAACUACGCGUCCUCCAUAAUCCGGACAAUGAACGCUCCUUAACGGCUGGAACUGAUAACGUCGCUCACCCGCCCGCCUCCUACCAGCGACCACUCGUCCAAGGCCGAGAUCUACCACCGAUACCCGUCGAAACUACCCGAUCCGAUGGAACAUCCCUCUUUGACCCUCCACAAAAUGUUUACACUACAAACCCGAACAUUUCAAUUCCUCCACUGCCGCCUGAUCCUCGUUCCAUUCCCUCCGCUCCGCCGUCCAUCUCUUCUGACAUGGACAGUGUAGAAGAGGAAAUUCUCGAAGACCAUGAUGAUAGAGAUCGAGCGGGCUCGAGAAACCGUGGCCCCACGAGUUUGUCGUCAAGCAACGGAGUGGCUUUCAUCUAAAUAGCUCGUAGUUUUCCAAAACUGAAUGUUUAUAUGCAUUAACUAUUAAUAUCUGAUAUGCUCUGGGAGAAGCAUGUUAUAUUGAUUGUUGUAGGUAGGUACCUCGUACAUGUGCUGUACAUCCAUACAUGCAUGCAUAGCGGUUACAAAGAAGGGUCUAAAUAAUAAUAUUGCGAUAAAGUUCGGU